AUGGCGAGGGACUCCACUUGCGAAGCGUCGUGGGAAGAGGCGGCCUUCCAGUGGCAACGGCCACGGCGCCCGGAGGAGCCGGGGGUGAGGGACGUGGCCGUCGACCCCUUCUCGCUCCGGCAGUUCUCCCGCGUCGACAUCGAUCGGCCGUUGCCCAUCCCCGCCGUCUCGGUGGACGACCGCCGCGUGUCGCCGGCCCGGUUCCACGGCGCGAGCGUUUCUCCGGUCGGCUCCGCGUCAUCGUCCCCGUCCCCGCGCGCGUCAACCGCCGGCGAUCUGAAGGCUCCCACCGCGCCAACCGGGUGGGACGGCGCGCGCCCGAUCGCGAUCGCGCACUCCGGGGCGCUGCUAAGGAGCAAGCUGUCCGCCGGCGGGGAGACGGAGCUAGCGGACGCCGGGUUCGACGUUCCCCUGUCGUCGACGGAGCGGAACAAGGCCAGAGAGCCGCAGCGCUUGGGCAGCGACGUCCCGCUGAUCGCUGCUGCGGACGCCGAGGAGUACUCCUUCGGCGGCUACGCCACCAAGGACGCCCGGGGCAAGCAGGCGAAGCACGCCGGCAAAGCGCCGUUCACGUGCUGCAUGUUCGUCCCUGGGCUCACCAGGAGGAUCAUCAAACCUCCGACGUCCACGGCAACAGCAACGGCGGCGGCGCGCUCUUCGUCAUCGGGCACGUUCGGCAAAACCGCCAGCGUGCAGCUGCAGCCCGUCGACCCAGGCACGUGCUCGGCUCGACCAAGCACCAUGUCGCUGGCCGUGUCGCUCGAGCGCUUCGACUGCGGCGCCCUGUCGACGUCAUCGUCCCCGCGAGGCCUGGGCCUCGACGACGGCGACGACCCCUCGGCGUCGUCCUACUUCGACCUGCCGCUGGAGCUGAUCCUGGGCUGCGACGCGGAAGACGAUGCCGACCUGCCGGUGUGCGCCGCGUUCUUGUUCGACAGCGACGGCAUACGGAAGAGCGUGCUCAAGCGGAGGUUGGAAGCUGGCGCCGGCUGGGAGCCGCGGCGCCCGUCGUUGGGGAAGGUGUCCAUGGACGCGUCCGGCAGGAUAUCGAAUGCUCAGGUUCGGGUCUCCUUGAAGUCGAGGUCGCCGUAA